AUGUCCACUUCUACAACUUCUUCAAACCGCUUCACUUUGGUCGAAAACUGGGAUACCGAGACUCUCAUUAUUUUCUUACGCGACCUGAAUAUAAACCUUGAUGAGAAUGAUUUCAAGAUCCUUCGUAAACAGAAAAUAGAUGAUCAAACAAGAGCUCUCGAAAAAGGCAAAAUCGAAUACUUUUGGCUCUUUCCGUGCGGUAUAUGGUCUAUUCAGCAUUUUAUAUCCUGGUCAACUAAUAUGUUUGGGCCUACCGAAAGAAACGAGGCACAUACGGUAUUUUACAAUACAUUAUAUACUUUCCGUGAUGAUCCGAUGACCUCACAGGAGAUUCUUGAGUCGUACAAGAAGCUUUCGCUUGGGGAUAUACAAGCCCUCGGUCUACUGUUUCUGGAGGAGGAUUCGGUUAUGUACCUUCCUUUUGAUAAAAGCAUACUGAGUAAUAUUCCGUCCGAUACUUCUAAUCUACAAGAAGAGAUAAUAGAGAAGCCAGCUUCUCCAAAGUCAGAUUCAUUAGUUUCUUCCGCUCCUGUCACUAAAAAACGAAGUAUUAGCAAAGUUUUAGAUGUUUCUGGAGAUAUCCCAUUGCGGGAUGAUAGUUCUAUAAAUAUUUUGGAGAUUUUAAAGACCGCAGUACGUGAUUUCGACCAAGGUAUAAUAGCUCUAGGUUCCUCCCGUUCGUACAAAAGUUCAAAUCACUUGUAUGUGAACUCCGAGCAUUAUAUCAAAGUUCCAAGGGAAAGUACAUAUGAUGCUGAAAUGUACCGGGUCCUAGUAAAUUGGUUAAGAAAGGUUCAUGGGUACGAAAUCACUGGCCAAUGGCACCUCGAACAAGUUUGUGAUGACGGGGACUACCAUCAUCUUUAUUGCGACCUAACUAUAAAGAAGCCUGAUAGUCCUCAUCUGGAAGCUCUUCUCGAACUAUUGGCGACAGCAUCGAUUCCAAAACUAAACGGUCAUUUUGAACAAGUGUUUUAA